AUGGCAGACUUAAACUCCCCAGACAGGCACCGCUUAGAGCUACUCGAACGAACCUUCUAUGCCUUUCAGGCUCAGCAACGUCUAUUAGAGUAUCGUGUCCAAUACCUGGAGCAGGAGAAUCAAAUUUUGCGUCACAUCGUGUCCUCAAAUACGCCGCAAGCUACUACAGCCAGCGGUGGCGGUGGACAUGCCUUAUUUCAGCCUUCCAUGCAGACUCCAACUCCCAGGGCGCCCUACAGUCAUAAGUCUUACCUUUCUGAGCUUCAAGCCCUUACCAAAGAGUCGGACUCCAGAAUUGGGGAGCGUGCUAAAGCGUUAUCGUCUCUCAGUCUCCUGGAUGCCCCAAGCUUGUUGACGACCCCAACUUUGACGCCAACUCGCAAUGCUUCUGUUUCAAAGAGUACCACGACUCCGAAUUUGGAAGUUCGCUAUUCACCUUUGGCACCGUCAAGCGCUGAGGCUUUGGAAUUUGAACCCGUUACAAUCAGUCCGCGUCUUCCUGCCUCAGUUGCAUCGACCCUUAUUUGCUGCUCUCCAAAGUCAAGUGCUAUCGAUGCUCCUUCAGAGGCAAAGGAACCAGACAAUUCUUCUCCCCUCGUUCCUUCUCUCAAACCGGUCAAUAAGGAACAGAAGUUCGUCUUGUCACCGUGGGAUGGAACAAUUGCAUGGAAGUUCAUCAAUCUAUUUACGGACAAGAAAGAGGAACAGGAGGCUAUUCUAAGCUCCAUGGAUCACUGCGAUGUUCAAGAUGAUUGGUUCUUUCAAUACGGCCUGCGCUAUAUUCCAAAGGCCACCGACAAGGAUGUAUAUCGCACAGUUCGUAUUGAGAACCUUCCUGAGACAACUACGCUCGAUAAAGUCCUCUCUGAGAUUCACUAUGGAGACGUCUUUUCUGCUGAUCUUCUCAACACGCUUCCAAUCACUGGCUACCAUACGGCUAGAGUCGUGUUUUUGCAUCAAAUUUCUGCUGAAGAGUUCUGCAAAAGCGUCAAAAAGAGAGGCCUGAUCAUCGAAGAUGUUCGUGCUCGUGUGACACUUGAAAAGACUGCAACAUAUCCUAUCGCCCUUUCUAUGAAAAAGGCAAUCUGGGAAGGAUGUACUCGCUGUCUGAUCGUUGAUGAGGUUCCAGAAGCCCUGGUUGAGUGCAUUGAAGGGGUAAUUGGCGGAACAUUUCUCAAGAACUCUGUGGAGUAUUACUACAAGAGCUACUGCGAUGGACUAGAUCAAUCAAUGUCCAAGCUGAAAGUCCGUGUACGUUUUCACUCUAUGAGAGCGGCGUCAUGUGCUUUCAAUGAGCUCCAGAAAAACAUAUUUUUGAGAAACUGUAUCCUUAGAUAUGACAAGGACCCAUGCAACCCCGGCCGUGAUAUGUGA